AUGAACGAAAUGCAGUAUGUUCCAGGUCGUUUGGACGGAAAGGUAGCUUUGGUCACAGGAUCUGGACGAGGGAUCGGUGCAGCUAUUGCUAUUUACCUCGGCCGACUUGGCGCAAAGGUUGUUAUCAACUACGCAAAUGCUGAGGAGCCUGCGACCAAGGUAGUCGAAACUAUCAAGAGUCUCGGAUCGGACGCCAUUGCUAUCAAGGCCGACAUCCGUCAGGUUCCUCAGAUCGCGGGUCUUUUCGACAAAGCGGUAGCGCACUUCGGAAAACUCGACAUUGCAGUUAGCAAUUCUGGAGUUGUGAGCUUCGGUCACUUGAAGGACGUGACAGAAGAAGAAUUUGACCGUGUUUUCAGCCUUAACACUCGCGGUCAAUACUUUGUUGCGCGUGAAGCCUACCGCGUUUUGUCAGAAGGAGGCCGGAUCAUCAUGACCUCAUCCAACACGGCUUUCGACUUUACUGUUCCUAAACAUUCGAUCUACUCGGGCUCAAAGGCUGCCAUUGACUCCUUUGUCCGAAUUUUGGCCCGAGACUGCGGUGAUAAGAGAAUUACGGUGAAUGCUGUUGCUCCAGGCGGCACAGUGACGGACAUGUUUCAUGCGGUGUCUGUCCACUAUAUUCCCAAUGGUGAGGCCUACACUGGGGAGCAGCGGCAGAAGAUGGCUGCUAUGGCCUCGCCGUUGGGUCGGAACGGCUUCCCGGAGGAUGUUGCUCACGUUGUUGGCUUUUUAGCUAGCAAGGAGGGUGAGUGGAUUAAUGGGAAGAGCAUUACGCUGGAUGGUGGUGCCAAGUAG